GUGUAACUUUUAAUGUUGCAAUGCAAACAAAAAUAUGUGUGUCGUUCCGCUGAUACGGAGGGAAAUAAAAAUUGAGCGCUUUUAGGAGUGGUGCCAUAUUUCGAACACAGUGUAAAAAAGGUCUAUUAGGUGUACUCGGCCGGGCAUCGCGGGCUACAUUUGUGAUUUGUCGACGACGAAAUUUUAUUAGUUUGGCAGAGAGAAGUACAUUUAUUUCUAUGGCAUAGCGGGUUAAGAUGCAUCAGGAAUUCGCAAUGAGUACAUGUUCGUAAACCUCAGUUCUGUCAUCAAGGCGGCUCGUUUAUCAUCAAAGUGAGUUCACGGAUGAUGGCUAAACCGUUUUUGGGAAGACGCAGGAGCUCCUCGAUCAAGAAAGAUUUUUCGGAAAAAGAAUUGAAAGAUUUACGAACAGCAUUUGAAUUGUUAGACAGAAAUCAGGAUGGAAACGUGACAACCAGCGAAUUUAAAAUAAUGAUGAAUAAUUUAGGCAUUGAAAUGAAAGACGAUAAAGCGGAACAAAUUAUAAGAAAUGCCAGCCAUUCAGGAAGAGAGAUAAUUGAUGAAAACGACUUUUUGAAAUUUGUUAAGGAAAUCCAAGACUUGUGCUUAAAACCAAAUGCCGAAGAGGAUGAUACCAAAAACGACCUCUCCGCAGCCUUUAAAGUUUUCGAUCUUGAUAGCGACGGUUACAUUACCAAAGAUGAAUUGCGAAUAGCGAUGGAAAUGAUAGGAGAGGAGGUCUCCGAAGAACAACUCACUCACGUUAUGGAUCUAGCUGACACUGAUAAAGAUGGAAAAAUUAAUUUUGAUGUUUUCUUUCAGAAAGAGCUGUCUACUUUUCUUUCAGAGUUCGUCCAGCUCCUAUCCUGAGACCAUUUCAUUUGGACUAGAACUAAUUUUCGGUACCAAAAUGUAAGUUUUAAGAUAAGUUUAUUUCAAAAAGGCUGAGACAAAAAUAUUUUCGUUAUAUGAAAUAUGUCAAAUGGUAGAUUGCACAUGUAAAACUGUACUGUAUUGUACUGUUUGUCCAUUUCUAUGUUAUAUCUCAGUUAUUAUUAGAGAUAGAGCGAUGCGAUUUUCGCGUUAUGGUGCUCGAUUUUCGUGAAAGAUGCUGAAAAUGUAUCCAGAUUGCAUUGUUUUUGAGAUAUAGGGUAGAAAAAAUUGUUUCGUAUUUUAAACAGCCUGUAUCGUAAUGCGGCGAUGAAAACGCAAUCUUGUAGAUAUUUUUACGUAGGCUGCAGUGACGUACUCAGAUUUCUUUGCGAAAUAAGAUGUAAUUUUUAAGAUACCUGCUAAAUUAAUGUUUUUUUUUCUAAAUGGAACACCCGAUAUAAAUAUUUUCUAUUUUAUUGUGCUUUUUAUACACUUUUCAAAAAGUAAGCUUACCUAAAUAUUUUUAAAAUGAACAUCCAUUUUGACAAUUUAAAAAAUAUUCUUGUUUUCUAUUUGAAUUUCAUACAUAUUAUUGUUUAAAUAAUUGAACUAGAACGUGGAAUCCAGAAUUCAGUGGCGUACUCAGAUUUUGAUAUACACUUUAUACAAGACCUCACAUAUUUUUUAAAACUUUGAGCUUUUUAUACGCCCUCCAACAAUUUAUGAUAUUUAAGACAUAUUUUAUAAGAUAAGUAAAAAUAUUUACGCUUAUUGAUUUGCUUCCCAAAAAUUCUACAAUACAUUUAAAAAAGAAUAUUCCAGAUUAUAUUAUUGUUGUAGUUCACACCGUAUUGGUUUCUGAUGAAAGAAAAACCCACAGCCUACUCUAAUUUAAUUUUUUGAAACAAUUUAUACAGUAACCAUGAAAACAAAAUUAGGUAAUUAACAUUGUCAAAAAAUAGUUAUUCUACUACAAUUCUUUUCCUUGGUUCGUUGCUUUAGUAUAGCUACAAAUAAAUUAUUUGAACAUAAAGAACAUAAGUGUGUGUAUAUAUUAUAUAUGGUAUUUAAUGUAAUUUGCUCAAGUUUGGAUCAUUUAGUAAGCCAAAGCUCGAUGAAAAUCAGGAGGAAAAUGAAACUAAUGUGUUAGGAUUUAUAAAUGCAACGACUGUUAAGUCAUGCAGAAUAGUGGAUUGCAAAAUAAUAAAUUUUUGAAAAGCAUAUAAAAAGCGUCAUCAAAUUUUUACCAAAUAUACGAUAUAACAAAAAAAACAAAAUUUUGGAUAAUAUUUUAAAAAUUAGAUCUAUUAUAAAAAAUCUGAGUCCUCCGUUUUUAUUACCUCAUUACGAUACAGGAUACUUAAAAUACCAUAGGUAACUGAUAGGGCCAAAUUCUCCGAUUCUCCCAGUGUAUCGAAAAUAAAACCAGCUAGGAUUGUUUUGGAAACGGCAUCUUUCGUUUCUAGAAAAUCGAUCAUAGUAUUGGGAAAAAUUCGCAAUAACAUAACGAAAAAUGGCCAAUCUGUAUAUAUUAUGAGACUUCUAUAAAUUGCUAAUUUUACCAACCAAAUUAACGUAGUAAGUGAACCACGGCAGUAAAUAAAAAACUCAUCCGUAACGUCUAAAUCAGAGAAAUAAAAUUAUUAUUACUGCUUGUUUUCGUUUACGGCCGUUGUACGGUAGUUAAAUAUUUGUUGCUUAAUGUUAGACAAAAAUAAAUCUCUUACUUGUUUUCAAGACAA